GUAUUCGCGGCACAGAACGCGUGUGGUUGAGUUAAUCUUUUAGGGGAUUUAAUUCCUGGGGCUGAGAGCGUUCUCGCUUAAUUAUUUGUAAUAUUACAACAUCUCAUCCGGUAAUAAACCAUGUGAAAGCAGUAUAUAAUCUACUACCGGCAGUGUUGCCUACAGUGCCCAGAAUACUCUCUAGUGUCGUGAAAGCGAAGUAUCUAAUCCAUUCAUACCAGUUCUUCUGCUCCGUACUCAGGAGUUUGACCAGUAAUACCAACAUAUUCUCCCACAAUGAAUCCUACCCAUGCGGUGUCCAGUAUCCUGCCACCUGAAGCUAUACUAGAGAGACUUCUACCGGGCCACGACUUUCUAGUGCGCCUUCACUUUUCCUAUUCUCAUUUUGAGACGAACAAGCAUCCUGCCCCGUCAGCCUCUGCCUAUAAGACGCGGCUCGAGUGUAUCUAAGGUCGUGCUUCUUCAACGGACCGAUGUGUCAGACAGAUCAAACCGGAAGCUGCCCGGCAAUUUCUCUGCGCAUCUGCCAUAGUUCAUUAAAGAUAUCAAAUAGACGUUUACCGAAAACCCCGCACACUGCGAGUAUAUAGAAUAUACAGAUCAGGCACAGCACAAUAGCUAGUUCGUACAUAGUAGACGUGGCCGUAAGGUUAUUCAGAGGACAUUAUGAGUUCAGUAGAUGGCCAAGGAGCAAGGUGUA